UCCUGGCGCGCGCGAAGUUAGGGGUAAGGAAGCCCCAGAGCGCUCCGUUGGUUUUCCACACGUCCCGCCCCACAGGACAGGGCGGGGUGAGGACAGUCGGGCGUGCAUUCAAACGCCCGGCACUUUGCCACUGCACCGCCGGGACUUUGGAGUGACAAGAAAGUUCUGGGCAACUCCUGCCUUUUCAAGUUGAGCGAGGCCAGGUUCCCUGCUGGGAUAUGGAGCUACUGUCGCCCCCGCUCCGAGACGUGGACUUGACGGGCCCAGACGGUUCCCUCUGCUCUUUUGCCACAGCAGACGAUUUCUACGACGACCCAUGUUUCGACUCCCCGGACCUGCGCUUUUUCGAGGAUCUUGACCCGCGCCUCGUGCACGUGGGAGCGCUCCUGAAGCCCGAGGAGCACUCUCACUUCCCUGCAGCUGUUCUCCCGGCCCCCAGCGCGCGCGAGGAUGAACAUGUGCGCGCGCCCAGCGGGCACCACCAGGCGGGCCGCUGCCUACUGUGGGCCUGCAAGGCUUGCAAGCGCAAGACUACCAACGCAGACCGUCGCAAGGCUGCCACCAUGCGUGAGCGGCGCCGCCUGAGCAAAGUUAAUGAGGCCUUUGAGACGCUCAAGCGCUGCACGUCCAGCAACCCCAACCAGCGGCUGCCUAAGGUGGAAAUCCUGCGCAAUGCCAUCCGCUACAUCGAGGGCCUUCAGGCUCUGUUGCGCGACCAAGACGCCGCGCCACCUGGUGCUACUGCCUUCUAUGCGCCGGGCCCGCUGCCCCCAGGCCGCAGCGGCGAGCACUACAGCGGCGACUCAGACGCGUCCAGCCCACGCUCCAACUGCUCUGACGGCAUGAUGGACUAUAGCGGCCCCCCAAGCGGCGCCCGGCGGCGGACCUGCUACGACGGCGCCUACUACAAUGAGGCACCCAGCGAGCCCAGGCCCGGGAAGAGUGCUGCGGUGUCGAGCCUCGACUGCCUGUCCAGCAUUGUGGAGCGCAUCUCCACUGAGAGUCCUGCGGCGCCCGCGCUCCUGAUGACUGAUGCGACACCAGAGUCACCUCCACUCCAAGAGGCAGCUGACUCCAGUGAGGGCGAGCGUGGAACCCCUGCCCCGUCCCCGGAAGCCGCCCCGCAGUGCCCUGCAGGCACGAACCCUAACCCGAUCUACCAAGUGCUCUGAAAGGGGCAGGCUGCAGUGUCAGAGGGCGCCGCUGCCUACCCAAGGGAUGGUACCCCUAGGGUAUCUCGCACCCAAAAGAUAGAGCUUAAAUGCCACUCCUCCCAACUGCGCUUGAAAAGCGACCCCUCCCGAGGUGGGAGAACCGAAGUUUUUCCCGUCCCCCCAACAGGGCAAGAACUCAGCCCGUGUUUUCCACGAAGCACCCUGCCCUGAUACCCACGUGAUGGCCAUUUGAGGUUUCUCCAUGAGCCAUAGCUGAUCCUUGAGGAGCCAGGUUCCCUUUCCUUCCUGCCUCCCACUCCAUUUGGGUUGAGACCCUCCCAAACCUAAGCCCCGCCCCUUUCCCCAUGCCCAGGUUUUUUUUUGUGGGAGUGGCGUGUCCCCUCUUUUCCAAAACCCUCGCGACACCCACUCUUUCCCAUAGCCGACGAGGUGCGCUCCAGUCCCAAAUGUAACUGGUGUAACCGUACCCCACCCCUACCCCUCCGCGGUUCAGGACCACUUUUUGUAAUACUUUUGUAAUCUAUUCCUGUAAAUAAGAGUUGCUUUGCCAGAGCAGGAGCCCCUAGGGCUGUAUUUAUCUCUGAGGCAUGGUGUGUGGUGCAACAGGGACUUUGUAUGUUUAUACGUCGGGCGGGAGAGCCGCGGGCGCUCGCUCGCUCAGGUGUUGGAAAUAAAAACGCUAAUUUAUACCA